UUGAGUGGCUACAGGGGUUGACGUAUGAUGCUUCCCCGCUCAACCUCAAUUCUUGGCCUCUUUUGAGUUUAUGAUGAGCACAUCAACUCAACGUGGUGUCGCCAUUAUAGUCAAUUUGAUAUAUCACUAGACCCUCGCCUUUAAUCAAAGACUAUGGAUUCUUUGCGGUUGUCUCAAUAUGACAUUCAGGCUGCGCGAGCCAACUUCACCUUGUAUGGGAACCAUGAUGACGAACACUUCCUAAGAUGUUGGAAGCAUCAAACAUGCAAAGGUUGUCUUGCAGCUUCACAAUGUGGCUGGUGUCCUUUUACAUGGUCAUGUGUACCGAAUACUAGCAACAUCCCGUUGCUCGCACCAGCUUACAACGAGAAUGUCUGUCCACACUGGGCCGAACGUUGGGAGUUACGGACAAGGCCGCUCGGGUGCCAAGUUUCGUCAAUCACGAGUCUCACUGCCAUUGUCACCAUUAUAUCAACACUGGUCUUUGUUUCGCUCAUGGUCAGUCUUGUGAGAGCUAUCCGGUGGUUCUGGCAGUACCACAAGAAGCAUCCUGGUUGGUGGCGGCUACGGAAUCAACGUUGGGCAAGGACGUGGUUCCGAGCUGGAGAACUUGAACCCCUACUACCAGGAAGCUGGCCGGAUAAUGGAGGUCCCUAGGAUAAAAUCUCGAGGGCCGACCCACGACUACGAGGUUUAAAGGAGUCACGAUACAGACACCGAGCGAUUUUUGCAACUGACACUCGAUAUCCUUCAACCGGAGCUGACGGGAGGGAUAAUAGCCACUUCGUCUGCUUCCUGGAUCACUGUGUCUGAAGCACCCUCCUCACUAGGCGAGUCUACAUAAUCAAGGUUGACAGUGACUAGGCAGGAAUCGAGGAUCUUGGCUUUCAUGCCAGGAUACUUGGACUCGAGCUCGGCGAAGAGCUUGUUGAGCGGCAUCGUGGCCGGCAAAGCUUCAUAGUCCUUACCAGUGAAAGAGCUAGCACUGGCAAAGUAAAGAACAUUGAAAUGUCCGGUUGGAGGCUUAGGGACCGAAGACAUUGUGGAAGCGAGGUGCCUAGAAAAUUCUUUUGGUAUGUUAGCCAGUGGCCAGAAACAGAGUUCAAAAGCAAGUGGUGAAUGAGGUUUUGGAUCAGAGAUCUUGGUGAUAAAAAGGUACAUCAAUGUAUGUUUCAGGUAAUACAUGCUAAAAAACAUCAUUCCAAAUAGAAUUGCAUAAGAAUAAAUGUGUUGACUUACCAAGAAAGUUGGGAGAGCUUUGAGUUGUGGAAAGGAAAUUGUUGGAGGUGGAAGAAGGAAACUUUGAAGAUUUCCUCUGGUCGCCCCGCCU